CCGAGUCGCGCGUGAGGCGUGAGGCGGUGCUGAGGAUCCGGGCCGCGGGCAGCUUGAGGCCGGGGCGGGACUGUCCAGUGAGCGAGCCAGCGAGCGAGCGCGGCGGGAACCCGCAGCCACAGCAACCCCGGAGCCACAGCCGCAGCCACCGUCCGCGGAGCCCAGCCCAGCCGGCCAUGGCGCUGUCGAUGCCCCUGAACGGGUUGAAGGAGGAGGACAAAGAGCCCCUCAUCGAGCUCUUCGUCAAGGCUGGCAGUGAUGGAGAGAGCAUAGGAAACUGCCCCUUCUCACAGAGGCUCUUCAUGAUUCUUUGGCUCAAAGGAGUUGUGUUUAGUGUCACAACUGUUGACCUGAAAAGGAAGCCUGCAGAUCUGCAGAACUUGGCUCCGGGGACCCACCCACCGUUUAUAACCUUCAACAGUGAAGUCAAAACGGAUGUAAAUAAGAUUGAGGAAUUUCUUGAAGAAGUCUUGUGCCCUCCCAAGUACUUAAAGCUUUCACCAAAACACCCAGAGUCAAACACUGCUGGAAUGGACAUCUUUGCCAAAUUCUCUGCUUACAUCAAGAAUUCAAGGCCAGAGGCUAAUGAAGCACUGGAGAGGGGGCUCUUGAAGACGCUGCAGAAACUGGAUGAGUAUCUGAACUCUCCCCUCCCUGACGAAAUUGAUGAGAACAGUAUGGAGGACAUCAAGUUUUCCACGCGAAGAUUUCUGGACGGUGAUGAGAUGACACUGGCAGACUGCAACCUGCUGCCCAAGCUGCACAUUGUCAAGGUGGUGGCCAAAAAAUACCGCAACUUUGAUAUUCCUAAAGGAAUGACGGGUAUCUGGAGAUACCUGACAAAUGCCUACAGUAGGGAUGAGUUCACCAACACCUGUCCCAGCGACAAGGAGGUGGAAAUCGCAUACAGUGAUGUCGCCAAGAGACUUACCAAGUAAAGAGCACUUUCAAGAGAUGCCUUCAGAUUUCCCCAAAAUACGCUUUCCUAACAGACUGCUCUGCCUCCUCUAAAGUAGAAGUGUAUUUUGCAUGAACAUGCAGUUAUUCAAGUCUAGGAUUAAAGAUAGACAAAGUGUAAUAGUUAUCUCCA